AUGUAUAACUCAGAAUAAGUUUUAAUCCUAAAUGCAACUUAAUUAUAGUCUGUUCAUUCCUAAUUCAAUUCUAUUAAUGAAGAACUUGCUUAACUCAUUCUAAAAGUAUGAAAAUGUUAUAAACUAGAAAAAAUAUAAAAAAAUAUACGCAUUACUGUCAUAAUUUUUUGAUCGUUAUGACUAAUCUGGUUAAAUUCAUUUGAAUGACAGAAUUCACUUUUAAAAUAUUCUGCUCAAAUCUUUAAAUAAGAUAUUUAAAAAAUGUAUACUGAAGGAUAUGUCACAAAAUAAUAUUAUAGAUAUAAAAAUAUGGAAAUAGAAAAUAGUUAAAUAUUUAGAAAUAUAUCCCAUUCUUAUAUCUAAUUUAACUUCUAAUUUAGAUAUGAUCUAAAUCGAAACUAAACAUACCAUAAGAGAGUAAAUUAGAAACUCUAUUUUUAAAGAUUAAUUAUCAAAAUAAAUUCUAAUAUCAAAUAAUACACAACUUAGAUUGAGUUAAAUUGUAAGAUAAUUUUGUUUAGAAUAAGAAUAUGAUAGCUAUUUAUAAAAUAUUAUGAUGGCGUUUCGACUUUUAAGUUAUUAGGAAUUUAAACCUUAAGAAAAAGUUAAAUAUGCAAAAUUGUCCUAUGAUGUCAGUAAGAUCUUAAUUUAAGGAAAAGGAAAAAGGGCAUCAAAAUUGUAUAAUUACAUUUUAUGUGCAACUAACUUACUUACUAAAUGUUUUGAAAAUAAUAUUGAUACUAUUAAAGAAGUAUUAGAAGAAGUCAAGAGUUCUAUUAUUAUUAAUUACUUAAUAUAUUUAGUUUAAUAAAUAGAGACAAAUAAUGAAUUUAAAAUAAAACUUAAAUGUAAAUGGAAAUUUAUAAGAUUAUUAAAACCUUUAAUAUGGUUUUGGAUGUAAUCCAUUUAUUAUUAUUAAUCUAUUUUUUAAUUUGAAAAAUGUUAAACCAUUAUUACUCUGUUAAAAUGGUUAAGCUUUUAUUAUCUUCUUUAAAAUGAUGAAUUGGUUGACUAUAUUUAAAAUGUAUCCACAUUAACAUAUUCAAAAUACAAAGAAUAUAUUAUAUUUAAUUCUGUUAUAGAAUCUAUUUGUUUAGAUGAUGAAGUUGGAAUGCCAAGAUUGAAAAAAUUAAUGAGAGACAUUUAAGAAUAAAAUAAAGAGAAAUCAAAUUAUAAACAAACAAUAAAUUAUUAUUAUAAUAUGAAUGAUAAAAACACUUCUAAUUAACCAAACUUUUAUUAUUGCAAUCCAUAAGUUUAAGCUUAAUUAAUAAAAUAACUUGAUAUACCAUUCAUUGAUGUUCCUAUUGAAAAUCUAAGCUUAAUGGACACUCGUUAAUCUAGUAAAACAUUGAAAUGUCCAAAAAAAUUGAGUUCUUCAUUUAAUUAAAACUAUCAAAAUUUAUUUCGAAGAUCAAUAUCCUAAUAUUCUACAAGUUUGUCUGAAAGGAAACAUUAAUCCUAAUCUUGUCAUAUUUAAUAAACAUAAUAAAUUCAAGAAAAUACUGUUCCUAUGCUUGAUAAAAUUAUUAAAAAAUUAAUAGAACAAAAUAUGAAUCUUGAUAAUAUUGAGUAAUAUUUUAUACUAUAAACAUUAGUGAUAAUAUAUCUUAAUAACAGUAAUUAUUAACCAAAGAGAAAUUAAAAUAAAAAGAGAAUGAUUUUUAUAAAAAGCUCUUAAAAUUCAAAACAUAAUCUUCUAAUUUUUAAUCUAAAAUCAAAAGGAAAUCAAAUUAAGAACUUAUUACAAAAUUAGAUCUAUAAAUUAAAAUUAUUGAGAGAUAAACAUAGCUUGAUUCAAAAAAUUAGCAAAAUUAUAAUUUUUAAAUAAAAUAAAAUGAUUAGGAUAUAUCCUUGUUAUCCUUUGAAAAACCUGGAGUUGAAUUAACUCCACUUUAAAAAUUGAAAAAAAUCAUUUUUAAACAUCAUGAAGUGUUUUCCCUUCAAAAAUUGAGGAAUAAACUUAAAUAAUCAAAAAAAUGGUAUCACAAAGCAUAAUCAUCAAGUCGAAUAUUAAAUAACUCUACUCAUCAGAAAAUAAAUAUAGGAAGAUCAGUAAUGAGAUAAAAAUCUAAGGAAUAAUCAUUAAUAGAUUUGAAUUAUAUAAGAUAUAGAUCACAAAGUUUAUUAAGAAAAAAGUUAAGUGAAACAUAAUUAUAAUUGGAGACUUUAGAUGAUAGAAUGAAGAAUGUUAGUGCAAGAAUAAAAUAAUCUAGAUAAUCUGUGGAUGAACCUUUGAGAUUAGACAAUAAAUAUUAAAUACUAAGUAGAUCAAUAAUAAAAUAGGAGACGAGUAAAAAAUAAAUAUGA